GCAUCCGAUGGCUGUCUCUAGGUGAUUUAGUGCCGCCAGUCUCGAGCAGCUGUCCAACAUGGCGAUCACGGGAAACGGAUCUCUCACUAUUUCUCUCUCUGUUUUCGUGAUUUCAGCAGCGUUUCUUCUAAAAGGAGCCGCUGAGACCUUGUCAGUUGAAGGUCAAAACCUGGGGACUGAUAAUGUAUCAGUGAUUGAGGGAGAGAUGGCGACCAUCAGCUGCAGGGUGAAGAACAAUGAUGACUCAGUCAUCCAGCUCCUCAACCCCAACAGGCAGACCAUCUACUUCAGAGACGUCAGACCCCUGAAGGACAGCCGGUUCCAGCUGGUGAAUUUCUCCGACAACGAGCUGCGGGUGUCUCUGUCCAACGUGUCACUGUCAGAUGAGGGACGCUAUGUGUGCCAGCUCUACACAGACCCUCCUCAGGAGGCCUACGCAGACAUCACUGUGCUGGUCCCACCAGGCAGUCCAAUCAUGGAUUCCCAAGAGGAUGUGGUCAGUGAGGGGAACGAGACAGAGCUCACCUGUACAGCCAUGGGCAGCAAGCCUGCCGCCUCCAUCAGAUGGAUGAAAGGAGAGCAGGAGCUGACAGGCAAGAUGACGGUGGAUGAGACCUACGACGGGAUGUUCACAGUCACCAGUAGGCUGAGACUCACCGUGUCCAAGGAGGACGACGGAGCGCCAGUCAGCUGCAUCAUCGACCACCCAGCCGUGAAGGACCUCCGGGCACAGAGAUACCUGGAAGUGCUAUAUCAACCAGAAGUGAAGAUCGUUCAGGCGUUCCCUGAAGGUUUAACGAGAGAGGGAGAGAAUCUAGAGCUGACGUGCAUAGCAAAAGGCAAACCACAGCCCCAUCAGAUCAGCUGGCUCAGAGUGGAUGAUGAUGUGCCGUCUCACACCGUGAUCACCGGCUCUGACCUCUUCAUCGAAAACCUCAACAAGUCGUACAACGGCACGUACCGCUGUGUGGCCUCCAACGCCGUGGGAGAGGCCUACGAUGACUACAUCCUCUUUGUAUACGAUGCUCCUACCACGAUCCCCGCACCCACCACCUUGAACCUAGACAACACCCAAGACUCCAGAGCUGGCGAGGGGGCGCCACAGAAGAUAGACCACGCUGUCAUCGGAGGCGUGGUUGCCGUGGUGAUGUUCGCUAUCCUCUGUGCACUCAUCGUCCUGGGGCGCUACUUCGCCAGACACAAAGGCACCUACUUCACACAUGAAGCCAAAGGGGCAGACGACGCAGCAGAUGCAGACACGGCCAUCAUUAAUGCAGAAGGGGGACACAACAACACGGAAGAGAAGAAGGAAUACUACAUCUAAUGAUGAGAGGCCAGGGGGUGUUAUGGUGGGGGGUCCUGUAGGAGCACUAUAUCUAACUCUGAAUGGGCUGGAGGGGUGGGGGAGAGGUGGAGGACGAAAGGUGCAGCUAAGGAGGAAAGAGAGGUGGGGAAAGGAGAAGAGAAAAGGAGAGGAGUGAUGAGAAUUGAAGAGGAGAGGAAGAUUGGAGUGGAUGAGUAGUGGGAAGCUUCAUUGCUUCGUCGUGGAUUCUCCCAUCCAACCUCUCCUGGACUGCUGGGUCCCAUUCUGUACAGUUCAAUUAUUUUACAGACAAUUUUGUGCCUUGUUCUAUUUCUUUCGUAAUUGUUGUCGUCCCCCGUCCCCGUCCCCCCACCCCAAACCUGUUGACUCCACCAGUUCCUUUUUGCUGCAGUUAUCUUUUAGAGGAGAUGACACAGCACUUCUUCUCUUGUUGUCCUGCUGAUCCAUCUUAGCUUGUGUACCAGGCUUUUAGAAGCACCCUCUCUCUCACUCUGUGUCUCUCUCUCUCUGUGCUGUGUACUGUAGAAGCAGCCAACAAUACAUUUGAGUCAUUUCCAGCUGAAACCUAUUGUAAACAACUCUUAUCAAUAUCAAACUAUACUGUCCCUCUUAACUCAAUCAUACAUAUGACCUCGCCUGCUGUAUCAGACAUCCUGAAACAUCACUUUUAUUUUUAUUCUGUGGUUAAAAGACCGAAGUUGCUGCCAUGGUCAUAAGACUUGUUGAGUUGUGUUGUCUUAACGGUUACGCUAAGAGGUUCAAACCUCUUAAUAAGGUCACUAGGUGUGGGGUUAAGGUCACAAUAUGGUUCACUCUGGGUCAUCAUACUCAUACCCUUAAUGAUCAGUAAAUGACCAAUGUAAUAGUAAUGCUUGUACAUGUGUGUAAAUACAGUGCAUAUAUUACCCAGUAUUUUCAACAGGUUCAAUUCUAGUUGAAAGAAUACUCUUCUACAGAUAAAACAAGUUCAAUUGUGUCAUUAUAUACUGAAUUUAAUAUAUUGAAUGUAUAUUUAGAAACCUUACAAGAACCUUCAAACCCUAUUUUAUUGCGGUCUUAGGCCAGGGAUCAUCAUCUAGAUUCAGCCCCGGGCCAAUUUCUUCUUGAGGGGAUAGUUGGCGGGGCGGAACAUCAUUUAAAAAAAUAUACUUUUAGGCUGAAAAUUAAUAAUAAUAAUAAUAUUUCACUAAAACAUAAUAAUUUCAAACUUUGUUUACAUAUGGGGACAUUGCUCUGCAUAGGGGCCGUCUUUUGGAUGGGACGUUAAAACGGGUCUCCUGCCUCUGUGGUCAUUCAAAAUCCCAUGGCAUUUAUUGUAAGAGUAGGGGUGUUCACCUCAGUGUCAUGGUUAAAUUCCCAACCCGGCCACAUUCCAUCAUGACCACCUAAUCAUCCCCCGCAUUGCUAAUUGGGAUCCAAUUUUCUAAAUUAAAAUCACUUGAAGCUGAUUUCCCAGAAUUUUUAUAAUCAGUCUUAUGUCCAAAAUAACCCCCCCCCCCACACCUCCCCCAAAAUAUAUAUAUUUGAAUUAUUUUUAAUUUUAUGCUCAGAAAACUUGGGGGGCCAAAUAAAACCACCCGCGGGCCAAAUUCAGGCCGCAGGCUGCCAGCUGGGAAACCAACCCUACCUUUAACUAGUCUGUUGGCUCAGGUUGCUAUUGAGAGGAAUAUACUGUAUCUCAGUAUGAAAAGGGAAGAAAAUAUGUUACUUAUACUUUAGAUUGAAGAUGUUUUAAUUAAUGAUGUCUAAUUAAAAACUCUGUCUUUUUUUCAAACAUUAGCUAUUACACAAUUCUGUAUGUAUUAUUUUGACUGCCAUUGUAUAUUUUAUGGAUAUUAGGAUACACUUUUAUAUAAUUGUUGCAUUACUUCAUGUUUGUUUUGUUUUCAAAUGAGAAAUGUAACAGAACACUAAUGGUUAUUGCUCAAUGAGCAUUCCUAAUGGUGUCUGAGAGUCAUAAGUAAUUCAAGUUCCCCUAGAAGUUUUGAAUGGGGAAUGAGUAGCAUGGUUUCCAUUUCUGCCAUGUUUCCGCUUUUAAAGUAAAUGUACAGAUUGCUGUGGAAUCCCUGUAAUGCAUACUGAAGUUCCUGCUUUUAUCUUUCCACAGUACAUUAGUGGAUUUAUUGGAUAUAUAUUGGUGUGACUGGCAAAACAACUCCAAAUACAUUCAUAAAAAAGGACAGCCACUGCCUUACUUUGCUUUUAAAUAUGUCAUAAUGGUGAUGGAAAAAAAGAGUGAAGGACUAAAUUCAGUGCCUUCCUUUAUUUAAAGGGUAUAACAGUACGAUGUCAACAGUGUCAUACUAUAUCUUAGUAUAUGAAUCUCGUGCUACCUUACACCAGUAGUGGUAAUCUCACUCUAUUCACAUGGAACUCAUAAAUCACACAGUACUAAGAAGUGGAAUAACAAGCUGGAGUUAUUUUCAGAUUGGAUAAAUAAUUGGAAUCGUAACUGAAUGAUAUGGCAGCUUCUAUUGAAAAACAUCUCCCCAAAACAAACAAGCUGAGUAGUAUUAAUGAUUUUAUUUACGGGUGAUCUAUUUCUGUCCGUUGAGAAUUUAUAAGGUAGCCGAAAUAGUUCAUUUAAUUUAUUUACGAAGUACAUUUUGGUUGUAUUUGUAUGGUUAUUGUAUUAGGUAUGUACAAGGCUCACCACACUUUUAGGAAAGGUAAAACAAGCGAAACAGUCCUGGAAAUCUGAUCUUUAUUUAAUUGAAUUGCUUGAGUGUGAUGCAGAACAUAACCGAUACCAGUAUAACACAUAGAAAUGUGCAAAUCAAUAUUAAUCUCAAAGCUUAUCGAUUAGUUCUGAACUUGCUUUUGUUUUGUUAAUCAUCAAUGUUUAUUCUGGAUACAAUUGAAGUGAUCGCUGUAGAGAUUCAUAUGAAGUGUUGUUUUUGUUUUCAGUAUACACUCAGUGGCCAGUUUAUUGGGUACGCCACCCGUUCACGAAAAUGGUUUUGCUCCUACAUAUAGUGAGUCACGUGGCCGUGGCUUGCUAUAUAAAGCAGGCAGACAGGCAUAGAGAUAUUCAGUUACUGUUCGAUUGGACGUUAGGAGAAAAACGACUGACCUAAGCCACUUUGAGCAUGGUAUGUAUUUCAGAAACGGCCGGCCUUCUGGGCGUUUCACGCACAAAAGUUUAGGGUUUACAGAGAAUGGUGAGACAAACAAAAAACAUUCAGUCACCGGCAGUCCUGUCGACAAAAACAGCUUGUUGAUGAGAGGUCGAAGGAGAAUGGCAUGAAUCAUGCAAGCUAACAGGGGGGAUACAAACAGGCAAAUAACGGCGCAGUACAACAGUGGGAGGCCGUCUUUGUAAAUAAGAAUUUGUUCUUAACUGACUUGCCUAGUUAAAUAGUUUUUUUUAAAGUGGUUUGCAGAACGGCAUCUCAGAACGCACAACUUGUCGGUCCUUGUCAUGGAUGGGCUAUUGCAGCAGAUGACCACACCGGGUUCCACUCGUGUCAGCUAAAAACAAGAGGAAGUGGCUCCAGUGGGCACUCGAUCAACAACACUAGACAAUUGAGGAGUAGAAAAACAUUGCAUAUCCAGGUUCCUAAUAGCAAAGUCAGUAUUUGGUGUAAGCAGCAUGAGUCCACGGCCCCAACCUGCCUGGUGUCAACGGUACAGCUGGUGGCGGGGGUGUAAUAGUGUGGAGAAUGUUUUCCUGGCACACGUUCAGUCCCUUACACGUUCAAUCCCUUGAUACCAAUUGAACAACGUUUCCAUGCCCCGAAGAAUCCAGGCUGAUAUGAAUGCAAAGGGGGGUCCGACCCAGUACUAGAUGACUGUACCUAAUAAACUGGCCACUGAGUGUAUUUAAUAUGUAGUCCAUGUGUUUCCACUUUCUCAGGUUCAUGUUGAAUCUUGUGUUUUGCAUCUCAGGUGAAAUGCAAAGCGAAUGCCCCCGAAGAAUACUACACAUUUCAGAAAGUUAUAAAAUCACAAGAUAUAUCUUUUUUUCUCAGUUGUAUAUGUUGUGUUCUUAAUAUAUGGUGCACUGUUCAAUGUUACGUAUUCUUUUGUAUAGACCUAGUUCACAAUGAAAGAACUAGAGUUGUUAAUCAGACAAUAUCACUUGUACAGUCGGUGUCCACUAAAAUACAGGGGUUGUUAUUUAUAAAACCUUAUAUCCACAGUAAAAUGUAUCGUCUGUUUUUUCCCCAGACAUAAAGAACAAGUAAUCACCAAACAAAAUGGAGACUAAGGGCUCUAUUCAAUCUGUAUUGUUACAGAUUGUCCAAUAUUAAUGUAAAGGUAAUUUCCAAUUGCGUUGACAUAUACAUCGUUUACAGUGAAUGCAGUCUCCACUAACGCAGGAACGUUUCCUUUCAAUCAUACUGUAACGCUGGACUGCUGCAAUACGGAUUGAAUAGAGCCUUAGCUAGCAUUAGAAUGGUGUAUUAACAUCCUGAGUAGGAUGCGUGUCAGUCACAUUUUCAGAUGUUUUCAAACAACAGGUGGUAUAUUUGCAGUGGUUAAGUUCUGAUUAACCCCCAACAUUUCUUUGAUGUUUGGAUGGAGAACAUGUUUGAUGCCUAGAAUGUUUUGGUUGUUCAUUGCCCCAGUUAGUUGUUUUGAGGUCAAAUCUUUAGUCUCUCUGUACCUGGGCAACAUUUCUGUGUAGUAAAGAAAGGUUUCCUCAUGUUCCCAUACAUAUUUUGUAUUGGUUCAUAAAACAUUUUUACAGAAGAAAUCUGAAGAGUACUUGUCUUAAUAAAAAUAUAUCAAUGUUAAA